AUGAUCGCUGCCCUGAGGGAGGAAGAAGAGGAGAAGACCAAGAAGACGAAGGAGAAAAUUACGGAAUUUGAUAAAAUAUUGUCUCAUAUUGUUGGCAAGAUAAAAAGCAUCGAGGAUUAUAUUAGAGGUGAUGAGAAUUUUUUCCUUAAGAAUCUUAAGGACGCUGAAAAAAGUGCUCAAUGUCCAGCAGUGGAUCCAGAGCUGUAUUCCAGAGGUCUGAUUGAUGUAGCCAAACACUUGGGCAACCUGAGAUACAGAGCUUGGAAGAAGAUGAAGGACAUCUGUCCUUACUUUCCAGUGACUUUGGACCCAAAUACUGCCAAAAGUUCUGCUACGCUGUCUGAGGACAUGAGCAGUGUUUCAUUAGGAGGCUCAAGGAGGAACCUGCCAAACAACCCUGAGAGGUUCAGCAUGUACAACAUGGUUCUGGGAUCUGAAGGCUUCACCUCAGGAUCGCACAGCUGGGAGGUGGAUGUGGGCCACAGUGAUCACUGGAUCAUUGGAGUGGCCAAGCAGUCGGUCAGAAGGAAGGAAAGGUUCACAGUAGGGCCAUUAGAUGGAGUCUGGGCCAUAAGUCUGCAGGACGGAUCAUACUCCUGGUCUUUAUACACCGGGAAGCCGCAGAGAGUCCGAGUGGAAGUGAACUGGGAGAAGGGGCUGGUGACAUUCACUAACCCUGAAAACAGCAAAGUGUUGCACGCUUACGCUCACAAGUUCACAGAGGCAGUAUAUCCAUUCUUCUGUACGACCAGCAGAUCUCCACUGAGGAUUUUACCAAACGAGGUCAGGGUGACUGUGGAAAAGCACAAAACUGUGGCUUGUCCUAUCACUACUAGGCUGCGGCAAAUGAUGUUAUAAUGUCACAGAUGACGGAAUUGUAUUGAUGAUUCAUUUUAAACAUUUGUCGCAGCGUCCCAACUUUUUUGGAAACGGGCUUGUACAUCAUCUACAAAAAUGUAAACAAGAACUAGGACUUCAA